AUGAAUCAAUCAUAAAAAUAAUAUGAAUUCAAGAAUGUUAAUGAACUAAAGACUUUCUUAAAAUACAAUCAAAGAGAAUCAAAUUAGUAUGAAUAGAUAUUCAAUGAUUUAUUACAUGAGAAAUUAUAGGAAUUUCCAAAUAAAUUUGAUAAUAGUUUAUCACUACAAGAAUUUCAAAUAAAAUAUGAUUCAAAGAUUCCUAUAGUUAUAAAAGGGUUAGAUAUAGAUUGGGAUAAUUGGAAUUGGAAUUAUCUAAUUUAAAAUUAUAGUGAAUAUUAUUUUAGAUGUGCAAUAGAUGAUGAUGGUAAUUAUUUGAAAUUGAAAUUUGAUUAAUACAUUUAAUAUUUGAGAGAUAAUGAUGAUUACAAUCCUUUCUAUAUAUUUGAUGGAGAUAUUCCUGAAAACAUGUUAAAUUAAUAUAAGAUACCAUAUUUAUUUCCAUAAGAUUACUUAUCUUAUCUAAAAUAGAAAAGACCUCAAUAUAGAUGGAUAUUAUGUGGGUAAAUCAAUUGAUAAAUUAGUCCAAAGAAAUCUGGAUCAAUGAUUCAUGUAGAUCCUUAUGAAACAUCAGCCUGGAAUUGUGUUGUUUUAGGUAAAAAAAGAUGGAUCAUGUUUCCUCCUACUAUAGAUAAGAAUAUAGUUAAAGGUAUAAAUUUAUUUAUUUAUUCUUUUUUAAAGGAAAGACAUUAAUUAAUAAAGAAGCCUUAUUAAAUAUUAAUAAUCCAAUUGAUUAUUUUAGUAUCAUAGUUCCACUUGUAAAAAAGUAUUGCGAUUAAUAAAAUAUUCUGUAUUAUGAUUUUAUUUAAGAUAAACAUGAUACUGUAUAUGUUCCUAAUGGAUGGUGGCAUGCAGUACUAAAUAUUGAAGAUUGUGUGGCUGUAACUCAAAAUUAUGUAAAUGAUUAAAACUUUGAUUAAUUUUGGAUGGCUUUUAAUAAAGAAAAUCCUACAUUAAGUCAACAAUUUUAAACUAAUGUAUAAUAAGAUAAUCUAGAAUUAUAUCAAAAGAUUUUGAUAUUGAAUUCUAAAUACAAUAUUUAAAUUAAAUCAUUACAAUAAGAUGAUAAUAUCUCAGAGUAAGAUUCAUUAGAUGAAUUCUAGAAUUAGUUUGACUGA